AUCACCAACGGAAAUCAUGGUACACUCUGCUUUGGAAGCUCGAAAUCGGCCCGGCCCUAGUAGAGAACAAAAGCCCCGAGAAAACAGCAAACCCUACCUCCUCUCCUCUCCCCGCCUCCUCGCCGGCGAAAUGUCCGACCGCCGCCGCGACAAGGAAAAGCCCCGCGACCGCGACCGUGACAAGGACCGCGACCUCGAUCGCCAUCGCGACCGGGAUCGCGACAGGAACAGGGACAGGGAUAAGGAUCGCGACCGCGACCGCCGCCGCGACCGCGAGCGGAAGCGCUCCCGGUCCCGUUCCCCGUCAGCCGACCGGGACCGCUCCCACCGCCGCCACUCCCACUCCCACCGAGGCCGCUCGUCACCCUCCCCCGACGCUGGCCGUCACAAGCGCCGCCGCGACGCGUCCCCCGCCGCCGCCGACCACCACCACAGGGAGGACAAGAAGUCCGCCGAUCCUCCCGCGGCACCCAAGGGCGGAGGGGACCCGGCGGCCGCGGCCGCGGCCGCGGCGGCGGGCGACGGGGACGUGGAUGCGGAGGAGCUCGAGAUGAUGAAGAUGAUGGGCAUCCCCGUCGGGUUCGACUCCACCAAGGGGAAGCACGUGCCUGACGCCGACGUCAGCGGAGUGCGCGUCGUCACCAAGCGCCAGCCGCGCCAGUACAUGAACCGCCGCGGCGGGUUCAACCGGCCCCUGCCGCCCGAGCGCAACCGCUAAAGGGAAAGAAUUUUGCGAUGAAUUGUUCUGGGGAUUUCUGAACAGGUGCAUGUUUUGUGUGGUAUGCUUAGCAUGCUUGUCUUGUUGGGAAUACUACUUAUGUAUUCUAGAUGAUAAGCCUGGCCAUUUGUCUGCUGUGGAAGUAUCUAUGAUGUAAUUGUUUGUGCCUAGGUCAGGUAUGGAUUGGAGUCUGGAGAUAUAUAUUUUUUAGAAAAUGGAAUUAUCUCUGGCCUCUGCGACAAGUCUGGAGAUGUAUAGUUAUUAUAACAAUAAAUUCUUGUGGUAUGGCUAACUGAUUUACAAUGAGUGCCCAAUAACCACUUGACAGUGUUGGGCACUCAAUCCUUUGUGAAUGGCGAAAGCUAUCAUGCUCUCCUUUUAAUUUGGUUAGCCCAUGUAAUGUGCCUUUUUUAAGAUUAGUAGAUGACAUGUACGCAACAAAGCUUAGCAUCAUUAUUGAGAGAUGGGAGGUGUGGUAAGAUUUUAAAAUGGUACAUGGUGAAAUCAUGUAUGUUAAAAUGGUACAUAGUGAAGUCAUGAUGUAUAAGCUUUGAUUCUUAGCACCUUACAGGGAGAGGGGAUGGUUCAAAAGAUUAUGACAAUGUUGUUGAGUUGAUUAUCAGAAAGUUUGAGUUGUUUAUGAAUCUGCAUUCAUCAUCUCAUCAUCUACAGGUCAGUUCUGCAACUAUGAGUACACCUGUAUAGGUCAUCAGGUCCUAGAGAUAGACUGCAGAGGAACCAAUGUUGUCAAAUAUAUACUCAUUGGGUGAUAGAGCUAUAAGUAAAUUUCUAGCUUUGGCUUAUAAAUUCAUUAUCUAUUUGGUGGUCUUCCCAAUCAUUUUUGUUGCUUUUUGCUCUUUUUCAAUAAUUUCAAUAAAACAUGCACCCCUUUUUGGAUUACUAGGAUUGCUCCUUGAACUUUCAGGGUUAUUUUUAUCCUCAUUCCUCCUAUCCAACAGGUGCUGUGUUGGAUCCCCUAUAUUUUGUACACGCCCUAUUGAUAUGGUUUUAGUUUGAAUCUGAACCUAAUCCUGUUCCUUCCAAAUCCCUCCUAGCUGGUCUUCUGUGAGAUCGCUUAUGUUUGUACACCAUCUUUUUUACCUGUUGGUUUGCUGAGAAACUGUACUGUUCACUUUGGCAGUCAAAAUUGGGGUGAAGAAAUAAUAGUUUACUUCUAUUAACUGUUUUGUGCAAUAUGGUUUUAUACGUCGAAUCUCUAUGUUGUUAUGAGUUACAAAGAAUGAAUUGAUAAGCUAAUCAACAUCAAUUGUUUUUAAUCCAAAUCCUCAGUAUGCUUGUUUGAUUACAUAUGCUUGGGUUGAGCUAUGGACCAGAUGAAUAUUUACUGUUGAUUGUACUGGGAUUUUGCUCAAUCUAGAUCACUUCGAAAAUUAAUAUUAUCAUAUUAAGAAAACGGAACUUGUUUAAUAAAAAAAUUAGAUCAACCUAGGAGGAGCUAGGCGAUUUUUCAUUAAGAAGAAGAAAUAGGCACCCAAAUUCGAGCUAGAGGGACUUGAACCUGGGUGGUUAGAGUGCACGACCACACCUCCCACCCUAAUCAGUUGAGCUAGGUUCACUUCCUUGAACUAGUUUAAUAGAAGGAUUCAUUGUACAACUGACAGAAGUACAUAGGAGUUCUCUAGGAAUCGGUCAGAAUUUGGAUUUUAGAAUCUUUACAUGGAUUAGGUUAUUACCUUUGUUAUAUCAGGUCCUAAUAUGAAUGUAAGAUCUUCAUUGGAUAUAAAUCUGAAUCCAUGAUGUAAAUUUGUUGCAAUAUUUUUAUGGAUCUGCAUAUUUAUUGUCUCCAAUAUUAGGUGGAGAACAUCAUUAUUUUUCUUUUUGUCAUUUUUUUGUGGCCUUCAAUAAUGUUCACCCGCUAUAGCUAAGCCUAAUAUCACUAUGUCUAAUAUACAUUUUAAUCUCCAAUUUUCUUCGAACUUUUUUUCGGACAUAAAUUUUGAGAAUGCGCAUAUGAGUUUAUUCCAGGCUGCUGCUUUAGGGAUAGUGUGCACAAUUUUAUUUGUAAUUCAAGAAUGCUGGUUUGUGACGGAUAUCUGGGCGCAUGGGCUGUGGAUGCCUUUUCCAUUUAUUCUUGGAUAAUUUAACAUUGUGCCUCCAGUUAUUCUAGAAUUAUGUGCGCUACAUCCAUUGGGCCUUAAAAAGUUAAUCACCUAAUCUUUGAGCUUUUUGUAGUCUGUGUCCAUUGAAAUUUCUCUUUUCAGGAAUGAUUGUCAGGCUAUUGUCAGUUUCAAUGAUAUAUAACAAUUUUGCUAUGUUGCAUUUACAGGACAUUUCUUUUUUAUGUGACUUCAUUAAUGCAAUUUAUUCAUGGUAGCUUCGUUUUUUUCAUGUAUUGUAGUUAUGUUGCCACCUUAACAUAUAUUUUUUUUAUCGUGAAACUAUGGGGAAGAUCCCCACUACAUGAUCUUUUCAUUAUUAGAAAGAAAAAAUAGAGUUUAUGUGCGAGCAUCUAAAAGACCAAACAGAUACAUAACAGUUAACUGUUGAUAUCUGUUUUGAUGUUUUGCUUAAGCAAUUAUAGGUUAAGUUCUUUUGGCAGUUAACCUGUCGUAAUUUCCUGAGUAAUUUAACUAAUUAUUUUUU